AAGAGACAGAGAGGGAGAGAGAGAGAGAAUAUGAAUAACGGGCUCUGUGGGUGUGGGAGGAGAGGAGAUGAAUUAGAUUCAUGAACUCUGGUUCACGGAUUCAAACCGAGGCUUUAUUAUUUUUAUAAGAGGGAGAUCAUCCGGUCAGCUUCCAUUCCUGCCUCACUAAACAACUUCAUCCUGCUGGAUCAGCUCUCUGUCUCUGUCAGGGUGUGGGUGAUGCUGCUGUAGAUGAGUGAAUGAGUCUCCUAACAGGGAUCCAUUAGAAACCACAGGUACACACCCUGUAACCACAUCUCUCUCUCACACACACACUCUCUCACACACACACACACACACACACACACACACACACACACACACACACACACACUCCGAGUGUUAUGGCGAGCGUGUGUCCGUACGGACGGUUCACCCAUGCUGUGGUACGUGGUAUCCCUCAGUCCCCCAGUGUGGGUGGGGUGGAGGUGGAGGUGGCAAAGUUGCAGCGUCAGUACGGAGUGUUAGUGGGGACUCUGAGGCAGAAGGUGGGACUGCAGGUGCUGGAGAUCCCUGCAGACACACACACUAACACACACCUUCCUGAGAGCUGGAGGAUAGAGGACAUGGCCAUCGUACAGGGAGACACGGCACUCGUCACACAACCGCUCAACCAGGAGAGACGCCAGGAGGCAGAGGCAGUGAGGCGUGUCCUCACGGAGUUGAACCUGACCAUGGUGGAGAUGGAGGAUGAUGGAGCUACAUUGGAGGGCAGUGAUGUGCUCUUCACUGGGAAAGAAUUCUUUGUCGGCCUUUCCAAAAACACCAACCAGCGUGGAGCUGAGAUCCUCGCCAACACCUUCCGGGACUUUGCCGUGUCCACAGUGCCUGUUUCUGCUGGUACUCGUCUGAAGAACAUCUGCUCAAUGGGAGGUCCUGAGACCAUCAUCUUCAGUAAUAGUGAGGGAGCGAGGCAGACACUAAGGGUAAUGGAGCAGUUGACCGAUCAUCACUAUGACGUGUUGUCUGUACCGGAGGACGCUGCAGCUAACUGUGUGUACGUGCGCGGUGCAGGUGGAGCGGACUAUCUGCUCCACCCCACGCAGGGCGAGUGUCCCAACAGUGUCUCUACCUUCCAGAGGUUUCCGAGCUACAACCUGCUCCCUACAGCGUGCAGUGAGGCCUCCAAACUUGGGGGGGCGCUGUCCUCAUUCUGCCUGCUCAUCAACAGGAAACUCCCUUACUAACACCACACACACUUCACAUCUGUCUACGCUUAUAACGUUUGUGUUCAUCUGCAGACAUGCUUCACAAUUUUGAUAUAUUAAAAUCCAGGCCUCCAUGUUACUGUGUGUACAUUUAACAAAUAAAAAAAUCAUUUCAGUCCAUCGAUUACUUUCUAAUUUUUACUCCCGAACAUGGUGGUGGUUCUUCUCAACAAAAACAGUGUUUAACACUGCAGUGGCCCUUUACAUAAAGAAAAACACUGAGGUGGAGUUACUGUUACCACCCUGAAGUUGAUCGUUUCCCACCAACAGCACCAUGUUUUAUUCCUUUUGCACCACAGAAAAUUGCCACUGAUCACCAUUUCUAAUUAAUUGAAGAACACAUCAGACUUUAUUUCCAUUUAACAUUGUGGAACACCCCUUAAACAAAUUAUAUAAAAAGAGAGGCUGGGGAAGGUCUGGCUGUAUCUGAUCUAACAAAUGAAAUGUAACUAUAAACAAAUAAAAAAACUAAUUGUUUAGGCUUA